CAUCGGUCCAGCUGAGGGUAAGAGAGAGAGUACGGUGGAACGGGAAUAGAAGUUUGAGCAGACUAAGGAAACUUUGACGGCAGACCCGACAUUAUCCAACUUGUGAAUUAUUUGUAGGCUAAAGCCUGUGUAUUGUACCUUUUGUUAAUCGGUGAAUAAAUAGGCUGUACAAUCCUUGGCAGUGUUCUGAGACUGUACAGCUGCCAACUACUUCUGAAGGACAACUUGUUUAUGAAAUGGACUGUGCGUAAAGAGCAAUUACAUUUUCUCAAUUUGACUUUCAAUAAGUUUCACUUGUGUGCGUCUUAUGUUGCUUUAACAUUGUUGAGAAAGUGGACUGAGUCGGACUUUCGGGGAAAUUGUUACUAAACUUUGCAAAAGAAAACAUGACUGCCGAUAAGGACAAGAAAAGGAACAGUUCGGAGCGGCGUAAGGAGAGGUCUCGUGACGCGGCACGCUGUCGUCGUAGUAAGGAGACGGAGGUGUUUUACGAGCUGGCCAAUCAGCUGCCCCUCCCAGACAGCGUCAGCUCCCACCUGGACAAAGCCUCCAUCAUGAGACUGGCCAUCAGCUUCCUGCGCACCCGCAAGGUCAUCGGUUCAGGCUGCCCCAACAGUGCAGAGGCAAAGGAGGACAGACAGAUGGACUGUAUGUAUUUGAAGUCACUGGAGGGGUUCGUCACUGUGGUUACAUCGGAUGGCGACAUGAUCUUCCUCUCAGAAAACGUCAACAAGUUAAUGGGCUUAACACAGGUGGAGUUGACCGGACAAAGCAUCUUUGACUUCACCCACCCCUGCGACCACGACGAGAUUCGCGAGAACCUCAAUCUGAAAACCGGUACUGGGACAAAGGGGAAAGCCUUCAGCACUGAGAGAGACUUCUUCAUGAGGAUGAAGUGCACAGUGACAAACCGUGGACGCACUGUCAACCUGAAAUCAGCCAGCUGGAAGGUUCUGCACUGCACGGGCCACCUCAAGGUGUACAACAGCUGUGCCCCUCAUGGGCUGUGUGGGUUCAAGGAGCCUCCUCUCACCUGCCUGCUGAUGAUGUGUGAGCCCAUCCCCCACCCCUCCAACAUCGACACACCCCUGGACAGCAAGACCUUCCUGAGCCGUCACAGCAUGGACAUGAAGUUCACCUACUGUGACGACAGAGUCACUGAGCUGAUGGGCUACAGUCCUGAAGACCUGCUGGGCUGCUCUGUCUAUGAGUUGUACCACGCCCUCGAUUCUGACAGUGUCACCAAGAGCCACCAGAACCUGUGCAGUAAAGGCCAGGCAGUGAGUGGACAGUAUCGUAUGCUGGCCAAACAUGGAGGCUACGUGUGGGUGGAGACCCAGGGCACAGUCAUCUACAACAGCCGGAAUUCCCAGCCGCAGUGCAUUGUCUGUGUCAACUAUGUCCUCAGUGACGUGGAGAACAAGUCCAUGAUCUUCUCCAUGGACCAGACUGAGUCCCUGUUCAAGCCACACAACAUGAACAGCUUCUUCAGCCAGAGUGGUGCUGCGGUGGCCACGGAGCCCAUGGAGAUCCUGUUCACCAAACUGAAAGAGGACCCAGAGGACCUUGCUCAACUGGCCCCCACACCUGGAGACGCCAUCAUCACCCUCGACUUUGGAAGGCCACCAUUUGAGGAGCCUCAUCCUCCUUUAUACCCCAAGAUGUCUCCCAUGCCCCCCCCGGUCCCUCAGGGCUGGGAUAGUGAUCCCCACAAACCCUGCCCAUCAGGAGACAUGUCCAAACAAAUGGCUGCCACUUUCUCAGUACCCCAGAACCCUACACCGGGCAGCGCCACCCCCAGCACUGCCCCCCCUAGCCUGAGCAGUUAUUCCACGCCCAGCAGCCCAGGGGAUUACUACAAUGAGAGAGAGAGUGACUUGAAGGUAGAGCUGACUGAGAAGCUCUUUGCUCUCGACACAGAGGGGCCCAAGAGCCCUGGGAGCACCCAGUCGGCCCUGAGUGAUCUGGACCUGGAGACCCUGGCACCCUACAUCCCCAUGGACGGAGAGGACUUCCAGCUCCAUCCCAUCAUUCCUGAGGAGGUACCUGGAGGCCCAGAGGGGGCCACCGGCCCACUGGGCCACCUCACCACACAGAAUAGCUUCAGAAACAUCGCCAGCCUCUUCCAAAAUCUGAGAUCCCCACAGUCUGACCACUACCAGCCCGCCAAGUGUGCCCCAGGAGACAAGAGAGGCCCCAACCACAGCCAAAUGAGCCCCAUGGACUCCAGGCCUACUCUGCCAUACACAGGCCCCAUACAGAUCCCCCCCUACCACGCCCAAGCCAGCACAACGCUGUCCUCAAUGGGUGGACAUCAGAACCUGCAGUGGCCCCCAGAUCCUCCGUUAAACUCUCUACUACAGUUGAACUCCAUGGGCAGAAGCCACUCAUGUCAGAACAUGCCAGUCAACAUGAUGCACAAGCAGAGGUCAAUGGAGAACUACAGAGACAUGAGUCCCACCAGAAUCUCCAUAGCCAACAACGUCAAGCGCUCCUUCACACAAAUGGCAGUGGGUGACACCACCCUCAGUACUCCUUCAAAGAUGACUAGGAAUGAAAGCUAUGCCAUCAUGGACAGAUCUCUCAGCACCAGCUCACUGGAAGUUAAAGGUAUGUGCAUGCCUGGGGGUGUUGACAAGUGUCUCAUUCCCCUUCAGCGGCACAGGAAGUCUCGGUAUCCAGGAUGUGUAAAUGGUACAUCCAGAAAAUCCUUCCCCAAACAGUGUUGCAACUACAAAGAAUACCGUAUGCUGCCCUCCUCCAAAACAGAGGGGGUUGCCAGUCGGCUGUUGGGCCCAUCCAUUGAGACCUAUUGUCUGCCAGAGCUCACCCGCUACGACUGUGAGGUCAACGUCCCUCUCCAGGGCAACCUACACCUGCUGCAGGGCAGUGACCUGCUGAAAGCCCUGGACCAGGCCACCUAGACCCAGCCCUACACCCCCUACUCCCCUACCCUACCCUGGACCAGGCCACCUAGACCCAGCCCUACACCACCUACUCCACUACCCUGCCCUGGACCAGGCUACCUAGACCCAGCCCUACACCCCCUACUCCCCUGCUCUGGACCAGGCCACCUAGACGCAGCCCUACACCCCCUACUCCCCUACCCUACCCUGGAUCAGGCCACCUAGACGCAGCCCUACACCCCCUACUCCCCUACCCUACCCUGGAUCAGGCUACCUAGACCCAGCCCUACACCACCUACUCCACUACCCUGCCCUGGACCAGGCUACCUAGACCCAGCCCUACACCCCCUACUCCCCUGCCCUGGACCAGGCCACCUAGACGCAGCCCUACACCCCCUACUCCCCUACCCUACCCUGGAUCAGGCUACCUAGACCCAGCCCUACACCACCUACUUCACUACCCUGCCCUGGACCAGGCUACCUAGACCCAGCACUACACCCCCUACUCCACUACCCUACCCUGGACCAACCAGGCUACCUAGACCCAGCCCUACACCCCUUACUCCCCUACCCUACCCUGGACCAGGCUACCUAGACCGAGCCCAACACCCCCUACUCCACUACCCUACCCUGGACCAGGCUACCUAGACCCAGCCCUACACCCCCUAACUCCCUACCUUCCCUUGGACGUGGCUACCUAGACCCAGACCUAUACCCCCUCCCCAACUUUACCCUACCCUACCUAGAUAUAUCCAUCUUCAACCCCACCCUUACCCAUUCAAUAGCCUAAGCCAAUACAAUCUACAACCCUGACUGAGGCCUCAGCCAAGCCCCCACCCCUGCCCCAAAGACCUAGCAUAUUCAAGAUACAGUUUAAGACGGACGUUUACAUACAAUUAGGUUGGUCAUUAAAACUCGUUUUUCAACCACUACACACAUUUCUUGUUAACAAACUAUAGUUUUGGCAAGUCGGUUAGGACAUCU